AUGAAGCGCUUCAUGAAAACAAGCUUCAGAGGUUACUGCCUCAUCGUGACGAUCCUUCCAAAGCUACAAACCGCAGUUCUGUGCACAACCUUCCCCAAGCACAAACUCGACGACGCUGAGUGGUCCGUGUUGAGCCUAGGCCUCAACUACAACCUGGCUCCACAGCCUGAUGUAAAAAAGGUAGUGUGCGCUGUGGAAAGUGCGGUCAUGUGUGUGGAUCCUUCUCGCCGUGAUGAAGCACGUACCCGUGUCGUCGGUGUGCUUUCGAAGCUACGCCGGAAUCAAGAGUUUGAUCCUUUGUCGCCCGAGGAACGCAAGGCACUAAAAAGACUGCGUGACAAUAAGGAUAUCGUUAUACUCCCCGCCGAUAAGGGAAACGCCACUGUCGUGUUGGACACACAAGACUACGAAAACAAGAUGCGACUCAUGCUCGAGGACGAUCGAACGUACGUUCCCCUGAAUCGUGAUCCCACUGCAAAAGUGCAAAGGGACUUGCAGAAGCUACUGGCUGACGGAUUUCGGUUUGUGCCUCCUCAGCAGAAGUCGCUGUAUUUUUCUCUUCUGUGUAACAAUGGCUCCGCUCCCGCUCUGUACGGAUUACCCAAGAUACACAAGGAGGGCGUCCCUAUGCGCCCAAUUGUCGACUUCACCCGCUCGCCUCUCCACAAGUUAUCGAAUUACCUUCACAGGAUUAUCUCCCCUUUGGUCGGAAAAACUGAAACGCACGUACGGAACUCGUACGACUUUAUUGAAAAGGUUCGCAACACGGUCCUACAUGACGACGAGAUCAUGGUGUCCUUCGAUGUGAAGUCACUUUACACAAGCGUGCCCAUUGACUUCGCCGUCAAGGUCUGCACUGACGCUCUCGAAUCGGACCCAAGUCUUCCAGAAAGGACACCGCUCGAGGCUCCAGAUCUCAGCAGACUUCUAGAGUUUUGUCUGAGCAACACAUACCUCACGUUCCAGAAAAAGUUCUUCAAACAAGUCCAUGGAACCGCAAUGGGAGCCUCGAUCUCAGUCACCGCAGCGAACUUGGCAAUGGAGUCACUGGAGUCCCGUGCCCUGUCUAGUUUCAACCCACGUCCAAGGGUAUUCCUACGCUACGUGGACGACUGUUUCUCAGUGGUUAAGAAGUCUGCUUUGAGUGCUUUUCUUCUGCACCUUAAUAGCAUGGAUCCAGCCAUACAGUUCACGACAGAGGAAGAAGUUAAUGGUCGUCUGCCAUUUUUGGACGUGCUCGUGAAACGCGACGGCAGUAGUUUGUCGUUCAGUGUCUUCAGGAAGGAAACUCACACUGGCAAGUACCUAAGUUUCAGCUCUGUGCACCCGAUGUGUCAGAAGAAGUCGGUGGUCGCUUCACUCGUACGUAGGGCGGAGAAACUUUCCUCAACUCCGGAGAACCAAGCGGCCGAGCUAGCCACGAUACGCCGUGACCUCUCAUCUUCGGGCUACCCCAGUUCGUUCAUUCAAGCUGUUAAAAAGAGCCUAGCUCAUCCUACGCCAAAUGACUCUCAACAAUACAAUGACAAGGGGAAGAGAAAAAGGAUUCCUGUGCCGUACGUCCCCGGCAUAAGCGAAAGUUUGUCCCGAAUCCUUCGGGGGUAUGAAGUCGACGUCGCUUCACGUGCCUACGCGCAAGCUCAGACAAGCUGUGGGGACGGUGAAAGACAAACUCGAUAA